AUGGCAACAAGAAUUGGAGUAUUUAUGCAGCGAACGCUACUUGUGCUCGGAGCUCAAACACUUCGGCAUGGCGGCACAGUUUCCACCUCAUGUCAAGUACGUCCGAUGAACCCUGACAUCAGGAGUCUGAGCUGCGCCUCAAACCCCAACAGGCGGCUUGUAAGCUCCACUACAGGUCCCAGUAGUCUGUCAUGGAGGACUCACACCUGUGGAGAGCUGAGAUCGAAGCAUGUGGGAGAGAAGGUCACUCUUUGUGGUUGGGUCCAGUACCUGAGACAAAACUUGUUUGUCAUCCUGCGAGAUUUCAGUGGCUUAACGCAAAUUCUAAUUCCUCAGAAUGAGUCUGGACAACAUUUAACAGCAACACUGUGUGAUCUCACAGUCGAGUCUGUCAUUAAGGUUACGGGAACAAUCAGCCGGAGACCAGAGGGGCAGGAGAACAAGGAAAUGCCAACAGGAGAAAUAGAAGUUUUGGCUGAGAGUGUUGAGGUCCUUAAUAUGUGCAAGAAGCUUCCUUUUGAAAUCAAAGACUUUGUCAAGAAAUCAGAGGCUUUGCGGCUGCAGUAUCGCUACCUGGACCUGCGCUCCACGCAGAUGCAACACAACCUCAGACUGAGAUCUCAAUUAGUGAUGAAAAUGAGAGAAUACCUCUGUAAUGUUCACGGUUUUGUGGAUGUGGAAACGCCUACAUUAUUCAAAAGAACACCAGGGGGGGCCAAAGAGUUUUUGGUUCCUUCCAGAGAAGCAGGUCGGUUCUACUCACUACCACAGAGCCCACAGCAGUUUAAACAGCUUCUGAUGGUUGCUGGUAUAGACAGGUACUUCCAGCUGGCACGGUGCUACAGAGAUGAAGGCUCCAAGCCAGACAGGCAGCCAGAAUUCACUCAGGUAGACAUAGAAAUGUCUUUUGUGGACCAGUCGGGUGUCAUGGCUCUGGUGGAGGGCUUGUUACAAUACUCCUGGCCUGCAGAGAAAGGUCCCAUAAACAUUCCCUUCCAGACCAUGACGUAUGAAGAGGCCAUGAGGGAUUAUGGUGUGGACAAGCCUGACACGAGAUUUGACAUGAAGUUGAUUGACAUCAGUGAGGCGUUGAGAAGCUCGAAGAUAGAAUUCCUCAAGACAGCUCUCGGCCAGCCAGGAGGUUCCAUACAAGCCAUUUGUGUCCCCAAUGGAGUGAAGCAUUUCAAAGGCAAUGAUCUGGAAGCAUUGAAGCAAACAGCCAAGACACAGUUUGACCAGGAGCUAAGCAUCCUGCUGGUUAGGGCAAAUGGAACAUUGAAGUCUCCCCUCAGUAAACUACUCUCUGCUCCAGACACAGAGCAGCUGCUGGAGAGGACUGGGGCCAAACCAGGGGAUCUACUGCUAAUAUCAGCCGGUCCCCUGAACACUGUGCGCCCCUUGAUGGGCAAACUACGUCUGAAAUGUGCAGAGCUCUUGGAAUCUUGCGGCUUUCCUGUCCAGGACUCCUCGGCAUUCCACUUCCUAUGGGUGGUGGAUUUCCCACUCUUCCUGCCCAAAGAGGAGAAUCCAGAGGAGCUGGAGUCGGCCCACCAUCCAUUUACAGCUCCAGUGCCUGAAGAUACGGCGUUGCUCUACACAGAGCCUCACAAGGUUCGUGGACAGCACUAUGACUUGGUGCUGAAUGGCAAUGAAAUUGGAGGAGGCUCCAUCCGCAUCCACAAGAUCUCAGAGCAGCUUCACGUCUUAAAGAAUAUACUCAAGGAGGAUCCCUCUCUUCUCUCUCACCUGCUGGAGGCUCUGGACUCAGGUGCGCCCCCACAUGGAGGCAUUGCCCUGGGUUUGGAUCGAUUGGUCUCCAUCAUAGUCGGGGCUGCCAGCAUCCGUGAUGUCAUUGCCUUUCCCAAGUCCUUCCGAGGUCAUGAUGGCAUGAGCCAGGCACCUGACUAUGUGUCAGAGGAGGAACUGAAGUCCUACCACAUAUCUGUCAACUGGCCAACAGAGAGAGGAGAAAGAGAGAAGUGAGAAGCAGAAGAUAAAGAGACAGCUGUAACAUCAGAGGAGGCGUUGAAGUGUUCCCGGACCUCUGUCUCACUUGGGACAACAGAGCAAAGAGGUUGGGAAACAGAAUGAUGAGGGGGAGAAGUUGAGGAGACAGCCAUUUCAUCUGAGGAUGUGUUGGAAUAAGAACUAAGAAGCUGGCCAAAGGAAAGGAAGAUGAGAGGAAGACGAUUAUGUUAGGGCUGCAUUUUAGUCCAUUUACUUGAAAAAAUUUGAUAUGUGUUAAAAGUAAAACAAAAGAGAAACUGCGUUUCAUGACAUGCAAAAAUAUUCUCAGGAGUUGUGCGAUUUAAACAACAGGAGAAUCUCCAUACAUGACACGAGCACACAAUAAACACUGAAACAACUGGGAUGGGCAGGUCGACGUAGAUGGAUGGGUGGUCGGCCGGGAGGGAUCCAUGCCCAGGUGGAUUGGUCUGUCCUCUGUGCUGGGUGGUGUUCUUCCAACUGCGUUCUAGCAGGUCUGUGGUGAGCACUGCUUUCCGGGACCCCUGGGUGGGCGGCCUGACAUCAUGGGUGUGGGCCGUGGAGCGGGUGGCAGCUAUCGGACUUACUCCUGCUGUGUGGCUGUUCUGUGACGGGCACCGCGGGUGCGUUUGGGGGACUACAUGUCUGGCUGUCCACCGGCUCUGGCAGGACCCUGUCCAUGACACAGUAAUUAAGGAAAUGUCGAUGUAAAGCAAAAACUUAAUAUUAAAUAUAAACUACAUCUUUUUUUUCCUUUUUAGUUGGGCCGAUACAGACAUAAACAAACGUAUAGAUUUACAAGGCAAAGAAACAACAGAAGGUUCCAUGAAGGCAAUGUUGAAUACAGAGAUUAUGCUCAAAUAAAGAUUAA